CUUAAUUGUAAAACAAAGAGCCUUUGCCGGCAGGAAGAAACAUGUGUGGAGCGAUGACAAGAGUUGGAGUUUGGCUCUUCGCACUCCUGGUGUGUAAUUUGGACGAAACUCAUUCACGGGCUUUCAGUAAUUCGUCAAUCUUUCAAUCAUCAUACUACAUUUAUGAAUAUAUAAAUACACCAUUAAAAUGGGAGCAUGCGUCCAAAUAUUGUGAGCUACGCUUUGGCAGUCUGCCUGAUGUUGGUAAUGUUGAAGACAAGAGUAUUAUGUUGGAUCUGUUAGCUACCCAAGGGGUUAAUCAGCAAGUAUGGAUAAAUGGAAAACUGAAUGAGGCAUCAGAAAGGGAAGGUAUAACUGUGGGAAAGAACGUGAAGACAAGUGAGCUAGAGUAUUCUACCCAAUUCUUGACACCACAAUUUAAGAAAGAUCCCAAGGCCUUGAAGGUGAUGCAGAAGAUACACAACAGAAUUAAACAAAGGAUGAGGGAUCUGUUAUACGGAGAGCUAAGAGAAAUUAGAAUUGUUCUUGGAGCACAGCAGGUUGGUGUAGACAAGUUCAGAGCGCUGGUAUUCCUGAACAAAACAGAUACCAAGCAUGCCAAAGUUCUCAACGUGCUGCCCCCUUUGCCUGCUGUUACAGUCUGCAUGCGAGUUCAGUGGGAUAACCAAUCUUCUGGCAUUGCCACAGUGUUUUCCUAUGCUGUUCCAGUGUUUAUCAAUGAAUUUCAGCUACGUGGCCGCAUUGACGAUAUUGGAUUCAUUCAGCUGGCCCUGAUAGUUCAUGGACAUCACACGCCUUACAAAUCGGUGCUAAAGAGUGACGAACAGUGGCAUCACGUUUGUGUAACAUGGCAAAAGGAAAAUGGUGCUUGGUCUAUUUAUGCAGAUGGGAUAAAGGUGAGUUCAGGUGACGGCUGCUACAGUUCUCAAACUAUUGCCGGAAAUGGGAUAUUUAUUAUCGGUCAAGAUCAAGACUCAUUAGGAGGUACAUUCAAACAAAAUGAGGCUUUUAGUGGCAAAAUCACAGACUUGAACGUUUGGACCCAUGUGCUCGAUGCGAAACAGAUUACAGCAGUCAAGAUGUGCUCAUUCUCUCAGCAAAACCUCAUUUCCAAGUGGAACUUGGCUAGUUUGGAAAUUGAACCCACAGUGCAAAUUAUGGAAGUUCAGUUCAAUUGCUCAGCAUUGAAAGUUCCUUCGGCUCAGUGUCAGACGUUUGACCCCAUCUCUGGAUUUAAAAGUCGAUUUGGCUGCGAGAAUCCACUGUCAUUCCUCUGCCAGUUGAAAAAAGAUACAUACUUGAAGUUGAAUAAGUUUGGCUCAGAUUCAAGAAGCUUAUUCAAGACUAAAUUGAACGAAUUUUCUAACAAUACAAUGACCCAUGGUUACAACCUGAACAUGUUAUCCUCGGCACCUAAGCAGCCCACCGUUAACCCUUUCAUGUAUAAACAUCUGCCAAAUCCGUAUCCUCAUUUAGUUAUAGCUCCCAAGUCCAUUGACCUAGGUGGGGGGAAUGGUGAGACAUUGGCAUACCUCAUCACAGAGCAGCUGAAAGCUGUAGCUAGAGAGGUACAAUUAAAAUUGUCCAGUAAAGAGAAGAGAAGUGAACUGAUCCAGUUGUUGGUAGAACAUUUGGAUCUCUCAUAUCUAACAGAACUGUUGGAUGUAAAGCUCAACCACGACUCCAAAUCCCCUCCCGUGGCCAAAUUCGAUCUGGGAAAGCUCAGAAUUCAGCUAGAAUUUCAGGAGAGGGACAAAGAGCACAGAAACCUGGCAUCAAAGUUUUUUGGCUUGCACUCGCCAGGGCAGCUGUGCAAGCUCCAGAACAUUUUCAGUUUGAUCAAUGCUGAAAUUGCUUUCAAUACAGAAGUGAUAAUGUUUGAAAUUUCUAACAGUGAAAGAGAUUUUCUCUAUAAUUCGCACCUUAUUCUCUUGCUGUCGUGGAUUCUCCUGACCGACCACUGUAACUUUGCUCGAAGAUUAUUGCACCUAUCCAGUUUCUCUUCUGAUCUUCCGCUGAUGUUACAACAACCGUCUGGGAGAGCCCCUGAAGGAACGUACCAGUACAUAGAUAUUAGAGUGUCCUUUCGCAGUAGAGACACCAAUCUGAAGCAGGAUUCGUACCAUCAAUGGAACCAUGGCAAGAAAGCGAAGAAAAACUUGGUAGCAGAAGAGAUUUACCAACCUACUGUAGGAGGCGGCAAACUGGAAAGAUGCCUGUACCCGGUUACUGAGUACAUGUCUUUGAGCAGUGCAAAACUUGUCCCCGAUAUUUCUGAAGCUGAGACUCUACUGGAGACAGUACAACAUGUUCUGAGCAUAGAAAAUGCCACUUUGCAACCAGCUGACAUGCUAAGUAUUAUACGUUUGCUGCAAAAUGUCGCCAACAUGGAACCACAAGUAAAUGACACCAGAGAGGCACUGGAGAAUAUAAGCCGAAGCUUCAUAGAUGUAGCUGGUGAGGUUCUUGAUCAGCACAAUGCGGAAGGGUGGACUGAAAUUAAUGAGAUUGUUCAGGGUCCAAUGGCAGUAGUUUAUGGUGUUGACAGAAUGGUGCAAAACCUGAACAAACUGCUUACUUCUGACCAAGAAAAUAUAGUCAUUAGAAGUAAAAACAUCCAACUUGAAAUCAGACAUAAGCUGCUCAGCAGUUUUACAAAUGGCAGUGACGUCUAUAUGAGUGAUAUAAACAACAAAUCAGCUGACCAAAUAGGACUUCCUAAAGAAGCAAUUGAAAGACUCCAACAAAGAGGGAAGUUGCCUCCUGUCAUGAGAACUUCAGUGUGUGUAAAUGAUAUUCUGCAGGAAUUAAGUGUUGAAUGGGUUUGGACUUCAGGUUCAGAGCAGAAAAAGUUUGACGAUUGUCAGAUAAUUAGGUCAAAACUUGCCACAAUAUUUUGGGAACCUCACCAUGAUACUCGUUUAGCAACAGCUACACUUGUGAACACCUGGUAUGGCACGCUUUACAGCUUGCUAGGCAAUGGCACAUGGGACACUAAUGGUUUGUUGGAAACAGUUUUUGAUGAAGGAUUUAAACAUGUAGGAACUCAGGUUGCAUCAGCAAUUAUUUCAUCAACUGUGUUUCAAGGGGGCCAGCCAGUCAGCACACCUACACAGUACACACUGCAACACAGAGUAAAGACUGUUCCCUCUCUUGUUGUUGAUUCAAUCUGUGUCUUCUGGAAUUUUAGUUUGAGGCCAGAAAAAGGCGGAGGCUGGUCUACAGAUGGGUGCAGAGUAGUAAAACCUGAGCUUGAAUCAACAACCUGUUUUUGCAAGCACACUACAAACUUUGCUUUGCUUUUCCAACUUUAUGAAGUGAAGAGAAGCUCUCAUGAAGAAGCUGUCCUUAUGAAUUUAACAUUGAUCGGCUGCACUAUAUCUCUCUGUGCAUUGGUGAUCACACUGAUUCUAUUCUCAGUGGUGGGUGUCCCAAAAUCAGAUCGAACCACAGUGCACAAAAACCUCAUCUGUGCUCUGGUUGCAGCAGAGGCUCUACUUAUAGCAAGUGACUCAGCAAAAACAAACCAGGUGGCAUGUUCUGUCGUAACAGCUAUGCUGCAUUUGUUCUUCAUGGCUGCUUUUGCCUGGAUGCUGGUAGAAGGAAUACUUCUCUGGAGUAAGGUUGUCACUGUCAAUAUCAGCGAAGAGAGGAGAAUGAAGUACUACUAUCUGAUUGGUUGGGGAUUCCCAGUUUUUAUUGUGGCCAUCACCCUAGCAACUGCCGGCGACAAAUACAUAGCAGACAAUCACUGUUGGCUGAACGUUCAGAGUGAGAUCAUCUGGACCUUUGUUGGGCCUGUCCUUUUUACUUUAACAGUCAAUACAUUUGUGCUUUGUCGUGUGGUGGUGAUCACAAUUGCGAGUUCGCAACGACGCUCCAUGAUGCUGGCAUCAGACAGUGGCCUGGCCAAGCGGGUUUCAUCUCAGAUAUGGGCAGCUAUCAAGCCAGUGGUGAUCCUUCUGCCAGUCUUGGGUCUGACCUGGUUUUGUGGGGUUUUGGUCCAUCUCAAUAUUGCUCUUGCUUAUAUCUUUGUUGUGCUGAAUUCCUUCCAGGGGCUAUAUAUAUUCUUGGUGUAUGCUGUUUACAACAGUGAGGUGAGAAAUGCCAUUAAAAGAAUGAAAGAACAGAGAAAAGCUUUGUCUUUCACAAACUGCACAAGCUCAAGACCGUCAAGUUGUCUAGCUAGUCCAAAGAUGACCACCCCACUGGAUGUUGGAAAACGUAUUUCUGCACCUGAUAAGGGUACUUCAAAGCCAUCAACCAAUAAAUCAGCUUUCAAUGAAGGGAAAGCUGCAAUUUUCAAUGGGGAAAUUGGAGCAGAAGGUACAAUGUGUUUCUCAGCAAGCUUAACUCCUGACAAAACAGAGGUUCAGCUGACAGCAUUCAGAGUAUCAGAACCGGCUGAUGACCAGGACAUUGGCAAAAGAGCUGAAAUAAAGAUUUUGAGACCACUGCACUAUCUAGUUCCUUCCAGUCCAGUAGUGCCGGGAAGGAUCACUAGGUACAGACUCUUUCCACACCAUACAGCAGACUAUCAGCUCUGGCGGCUCAUCACUACCUCUUCAAGGGAACAAAGAAAUGGCAAACCAGCCAAUCAUGAUGCAUCCCAUAAUAAUGCUUGA